AUGGACAUCGACUCGGCAUCUCACGGGGCCCCGCGGGGUCUCAAGCGACCAGCGCCGGAUUCAUACCCAGACACCAGCUCCUCACCAGCUGUUGCCAGGCCUAGGAAGAUCCAGGCAUUGGACCCGGAUGUUAUCAACAAGAUUGCUGCUGGAGAGAUCAUUGUGGCUCCUAUGCACGCAUUGAAGGAGUUGAUCGAGAAUUCUGUGGACGCUGGCUCGACCUCAGUAGAGAUUCUGGCCUUUGAGGACCUCUCUUCCAUCGCUACCUAUGGGUUUCGUGGUGAGGCCCUGGCAAGCAUCAGCCAUGUUGCUCACCUGACAGUGACAACGAAGACGGCGGGGUCGAGUUGUGCCUGGAGGGCUCACUAUAGUGAUGGGAAGCUCGUACCCGCAAAGCCAGGACAGAAUGCUGCCCCUAAGCCUAUUGCUGGACGCAGAGGCACCCAGAUUACUGUGGAAGAUCUAUUCUAUAACGUUCCUACAAGGCGUCGUGCGUUCCGAUCGGCAAGUGAGGAGUACGCGAAGAUCCUUGAUAUCGUUGGCCGUUAUGCUGUACACUGCAGUGGAACUGCGUUUUCCUGCAAGAAGCAUGGAGAAGCUGGUGUCAGCCUGUCUACCUCGAUAAACUCCUCCAUAGUCGAUCGGAUAAGGCAGCUACACGGCGGUGCCGUGGCCAAUGAACUGGUUUCCCUCGAGGUUGACGGCAAGAAAUGGGGGUGCCAUACUUCAGCGUGGGUUACCAACGCCAAUUACCAUGCCAAGCGGACCACUCUUCUCAUCUUUAUCAACCACCGCUCGGUUGAGUCGACCGCCAUUAAAAGAGCUGUGGAACAGACCUAUUCAACUUUCCUUCCAAAGGGCGGACAUCCAUUUGUAUAUCUUGACCUUAAUAUCGAGCCACAGCGGCUUGAUGUCAACGUUCACCCCACAAAACGGGAGGUUAACUUUUUAAACGAGGAUGAAAUCAUUGAAUCUAUAUGCGGCGCUAUUAGGACAAAGCUUGCUGCAGUAGACUCAAGCCGUACAUUCAUGACCCAAACGCUGCUUCCUGGAAUUCGCCCUCCGGAACCGUCGCCCUCAACCAGAGAUACUGCUUUGACUGGGGAAGGUGAAAGGUUAGCUCUCCGAACGCUAGCUGGAGCAAAACGGCCAUAUGAAAACAACCUUGUGCGGACGGAUGCAAAAUUGCGAAAAAUAACAUCUAUGCUUCCCCCGGCAAGUUCAGAGGCAGGAUCUGGCGACAAACCCGCAGCCACACAAAACGGAAAUCAGGGUCUGGUCUAUCAAAAGGUAAACCGGGAACCAGUUAAUAUUCGUCUUACGUCUGUUAAAAACUUACGUGCAUCCGUUCGCUCCUCGAUGCACAACAACCUCACCGAAAUCUUUGCUUCUAGUACCUACGUUGGCCUCGUGGAUGAGCGGCGUCGAGUUGCUGCCAUGCAGUCCAGUGUCAAGCUCUACCUAGUUGAUUACGGCAUGGUAUGUAAUGAGUUUUUCUACCAACUCGGCCUCACUAAUUUUGGGAACUUUGGGUGUAUCAACCUCGAGUCAUCACCGAAAUUGGUUGACCUCCUUUCCUUGGCUGUCGAAGUGGAGCGUAAUGAAUAUUACCGCAGCCAAAAACAAAAUAACGAUGUCGAUACAGCAUCGGUAACCUCAGACACCAGCCACGGGGUGGAUGAAGGUUAUGGUGUUGACUUUACCUCUAUCGCAGCCACUGUUGCAAAACAUCUAAUCGAUCGAAGGGAGAUGCUAAAGGAAUAUUUCUCCCUUUCUAUAUCCGAGGAUGGCUCCUUGUUGUCAAUACCUCUACUUUUGAAAGGCUAUAUGCCCUCUCUAGCAAAACUACCACGAUUCCUUCUCCGCUUAGGCCCAUACGUGGACUGGAGUGGUGAAGAGGCCUGCUUCCGUACGUUUCUGACAGAGUUAGCCGCUUUUUACACCCCGGAACAACUCCCUGUUCCACAUUCAUCGAAUUCUCGAGGUGGUUAUGAGAAUCAGACACACUUAGGUGCCAGAGAAAGUAGCCCACACUCUAUAGCCUCUGACAUCUCUAGAGAAAACGGUGCCACGGCUAUUGAAAGCCCACAAACAGGCCAAUCAUCCAGCCAUGAUGAGGCUGAGCAAGAAGACGAGUCAAUUACUCGUCGUCGAGAGCAGCUGUCAUGGAUGCUGGAACAUACUCUAUUCCCCGCCAUACGAUCACGGCUAGUUGCCACAAGCGAUCUUGUUCGAGGUGUAAUUGAAGUAGCAGACUUAAAAGGGCUUUACCGGGUUUUUGAACGCUGCUAG